AUGAAAUCAGCAUAUGCUUCUCUUAAAGAUUUAAUACCUUUAAUGCAAAAUAAACAGUCAAAAAUAAAAAUAAAACUUUAAGCAAUACAAAAUUAUGAAGAAUCUUGUUCAUGUAAUUAAAUGAGUUGUUUAAUAUGUUCUCGAAAAAGAUCAUCAUCAAUGAUUUCUCUAAAACCAUUAAAGCAUUCAGUAAUAAUGGAACAAGGAAAGAUAGAAAAAUAAGGCAUAGGUUAAAUUUAAGGCCUAAUAUCACGAAAAUUAUCAAGAUAAGCAUCAAAUUAAUUGUUGUAGUAAACAUAUUAUGGUGGAAAACAAAAUUAUGAACCUAAAGAUUCAUCUACAAAUUCAUCUACAUGGUUAUUGUCAAAAUCUAAUUCAAGAAAAAUAUCUUUAGACUAUUAUUCUCAAAAAGAAGCUAUUUAACCCAAACCUACAUAAUAAUAAGUUACUACAAUAAGUAGGUUGGUAUUUAGAUUUAUAUAUGUAAUUGGAAAAGGAGGUUUUGGAAAAGUAUGGAGAGUUGAGAUGAAAUAAACUAAAAAAGAAUUCGCAUUAAAAGAAAUGAUCAAAGCAAAGUAUAUUCUCUUAUAUCUUAGAAUUAUUUCGAAAAGAUCAGUUAAUUCAGUAAUGAAUGAAAAAUUCUUAUUGGAACAUCUUCGUCAUCCAUUUAUUGUCAAUAUGCAUUUUGCAUUUUAAGAUAGAGAAAAUUUAUAUCUUGUAUUAGAUUUAUUAAGAGGAGGAGAUUUAAGAUUCCAUAUUGGUAAAUUAAAAAGAUUUACUGAAGAUCAAGCAAGUAUCAAAAUUUUUUAAAUUUAGAAUUUUUUGCUUGUUGUAUACUUCUAGCAUUAUAAUAUUUACAUUCGAAUGGUAUUAUACAUAGAGAUCUAAAACCAGAAAAUUUAGUUUUCGAUAAAGAUGGUUUUUUACAUUUAACAGAUUUGGGAGUAGCUAGAUUAAAUAAGGAAAGUGUUGCAAAUGAUACUUCUGGAACACCAGGAUAUAUGGCACCAGAAGUUAUGUGUAAAAUGGAGCAUUCCUAUCCUGUUGAUUAUUAUGCAUUAGGAGUUAUUCUAUAUGAAAUUUUAAUUGGUAAAAGGCCCUAUAAUGGAAAAAAUAGAUAAGAAAUUAGAGAACAAAUUUUAGCUAAGUAAGCAUCCAUUAAAGAAGGAACACUUAAUGUUAGUAGCAAAGCAAUAGAUUUUAUAAAUAGGGUAUUAUUUAAUAAAAGUUAGUUACUUAUUCGUAAACCAUAAUAAAGAUUAGGAUUUGAAGGAAUUGAAGAAAUAAUUCAUCAUUAAUGGUUAAAGGGAGUUUAAUGGGCAAAAUUAUUAAAUAAAGAUAUGAAAUCUUUAUAUAUACCAGGAGUAACUUAUAUCUCUUAAUAAUAAGUCUAUUGAUGGUAAUAGUGAUUUUUAAAACCAGAUAUCGGCAGAUAGUGAAAUAGAAGAAGAAUGCCAAAGUUUAUUAAGAAGAAAAAGUGUAUAAAGUUUAUUCGAUGGGUAUAAAUUUUAAUGA